GGUCAUGCUGCGGUGUACUCCAAGCGGGGCGUGUUCGUUGUUGAUAAUGCAACAGACGGGUUUACAUUAUAUCGCCUUGAAGGUGAUGGUGAGCCUGUUCGAACGUUUGCAACUGGUUUGCCAAGCGUAUUGGUCCCGAAGCAAGUGGCAUUCGGGGAAGACGGCAAGGUAGUUGUGGGAGGAAGUGACCAUGGGCUAGUAUAUAUAUUUGAUCGGAAGACAGGGGAGACACUUCAAACCCUCCACCACACGGACACUGGCCUUGUGCAAACAAUAUCC